CGCGAUCGUCAGUUACCCUUGAGCCCGGUCGCGAAACGCGCACUUGCUGCCGGGGCACAACGGCGCCGCCCUUCCCUCCCAUUCCCCCUCCCCCGCGGCCUUUCGCGCGACGUAAGACGGCACGCUUGCUCUCCCCUUUCUUUUCGCACGCGCCAGAUUGAGCCGCGAUCGUCGGCUUCCCUCACGUGCUUUUACUGGCCCGUACAGCAUACGACACGGGGCGACGGUGUUAUUGCCCUUGGACGUUAUGCGGAACAUCACCGCGACGCCGGCGGCAACGAUGACGUAGGCAAAAAUGCGCCUGCAAUGUCCUUUAUAAUUCCUAUAGCAAUACAAACUCCUAAAAACUCCCCCAACAUAUCAGAAAUAGAUAAGGAGUCGAGAAAUAAAUGUAGAACGAACAAAGUGGCCAUAAUAUGAUAUUGCAAGGUCUUAUCAGAGAAGUAGGAUUGACGUCACAGGGAGGAAAAACAUCCCUCUAGGCCCCUACUCAGAGUUUCACAUUUUAGCGGCGCGUGUCGCUUACUACCAUCUGCGUUAUCAACCUGUUUUCCGUACGCCAUUAAGCACAUUACUCAGUCAUUGGCGUUAUACUGGAGAGAUGUCACGCGCAGCUGUGUCAUUAUUAAAGGUCAAGAAGAUUUCCGAAAGAAAGGCACCUAUUGGUAAACAACGGGAGUGUUCCUACAGGGAAUAUUUGCUCAUAUUUUGCAUUCCAGUGGUUCGGCUGUCAUGUUUACCGUACGCCGUAACAAAGAUUUGACAACAAAGAGUUGAGAAUUUGAUAACGUGGGCCUACGAGUCUAGUCUUCAAAACCCCUCUCAAAAACCAAAGCAAGAAAAAUGUUAUUGGCGUGGGUGCAUUGCCUUUAUAUUCGUUUGCGCCUUCUUCAGGCAUGACUACAUCGUGUCAUAGCUUCUCAUCCAUCGUGACACCAAUCCCACGUGAGUCAAAGCGAUCGUGUCUCAAUCACCUCCUGUGUUUCGUUUUUAUUACAGAAUUUCGCUUCAUUUAUUAGGAUGGGCUCAGUUUCAGAACUUGCAAAUAACUCUCCACAUUCUAUUGUCGAAGUUGAGUCAGCGGAAAUAUACGGCGCCAGCAUGGGAUGCUACCGGGAAAGUUCUGCACAAGUGCUCGACGCCUUCAUGAACGCGUUCGUUCCGAUAGACCUCAGUGACAGCAAACUAUCGGCACUUCCAUUUCUCGACAUCGGCUGUGGCGAAGGAAACUUCACACGGCGCUACUUGCUACCGCGCUGCCAGCAUGAGUGCCGCAAACUAGUGGCCGUGGACCACUCGACGGCUAUGCUUGAAUAUGCGCGGUCUCAUCACAUGCAUGACAUGAUCGAUUAUGUCCUAUUCGAUAUCGUGAAAGACGAUGUGAACAAGUUCCUGAAUGAGCAUGGCCCUUUUGCGCGUGUCUAUUCCUUCAACAUGCUCCACUGGGUCAAGGAUCGGGCUCAGGCUAUGAAGAACAUCGAGAAGAUGAUAGCGCCAGGAGGGGAGUGCUUUGUCAUCUUCGAGCACUGCAUCCCCAUGUUCGAAGUGUUCAUAGCCCUUGCAGAAUCUCCGCGGUGGAAACAAUACGCUCAGGUCCUCCUUGAUAAAGUGCCCAUCACAGCUCGCAGCGCAGACAUGGGCCUCAUGAGAUCUCACCUUCUGCAUAUCGUCAACGAGACGGCACUCAAGCCGCUGGCUUGCGAAGUGUUACGCGUUCCGGUAGUCAAUGUGCCGGACCUCAAAGACGCAACCGGUAGGCGAAAGAAAGCGAUGAAGAAAUAUCGCAUUGUUUCGUACAAUCCUAUCUACCCACAUUUAAAUGAUGAGGACAAGGAAGAACUGAUUACGUUCACAGCCGACAUCCUUGCGAAGAGGGCUCAAGGAAUUGCGGAAGGGCGAAUCAGCAAUCACAAAUUCACUUACGUCAUUCACGCCUACAAGUCGGGGCUAUGACCGUACAGAUCCGCUUGACACAGCUGCAACUCUCCGAAAAGAGAUAACGGAAUAUUCUUGUUCCGCUUCGCUUUGUCAUCCAAGUACACGUUGCCUCUGAGACAAAGUUGCAAAUAAUAGGUGUUCAUCGCCACUUUUAAGAAAAAAUCAUUGUAGAAAAGGAGCACAAUAAAAAAAAUUACGCCACGCGCCAGGCGGAGUAGAUAAAAAAUACGCCGAAACACAGCUCAACGUGAUAGGAAAAUCAGGGGUGAUAGAAAUCGUCGCUUUAUAGGUGACACCACAUGAAAAAAAGAAUGGCUUCGCAUCGGUUGUUUCUGAGACCACAGAGAGGUGCAGGAAAAUAUACAAGAAUUUGUCAAAACGAAGCAAGGUCAUCUAUUGGGAAAAUUUUAAAGAUAAAAAUAAUGGCACAUGCAACACUUACCAUAACAACACAUAAGACCGCUCAGCUUUAGCCGCAUUUGAUUUUCUAACUGCUCAAGGCUAUGGUGGGCGUUGUGUGUCUUAGGAGUAGGACAUACAUCUGGCAGAGGAGAAUGAAAUUAGUGAGACAUGCGAAACUACGAAAAAGAUAUAAAGACGAGAAAAAAACAAGUUUUUAUCUACGCUUUUGAUGAAUUCACUGAUUACCUGCAGUGAAAAUAGAGGAUGUUUGUGCGGUGUAUAGUACGGCAGUAGGUCUCUAAUCCAGGUAACUGCAGUCUGGUAGUGAGUCUCUAUAGCAUGUGUAUUUCUUGUAGCAGCUGUGAUGCAGGAUAAUGUAGCCAGAUCAGCACUUGGGCGAACAACGAGUUUAUUGCGUUUGAGCAAGUUACAUAUAAAGGGAAGCAAUAUGACGUAACACAUCACGUGAUUACUGGUUCUUGGUGACGACAGCAAAUUCAGCCUUGCUACAACUCCCCUUUAUUGGGAAACAAACUAAUUACGGUUUUCAGGUUGCGGGCAUCGACAGGUCUUGUGACGAGAACGUAGCUCUUGAGAGAGGUGGUCUUCUCUGAAGCUUUCUUCGGAAGCCUUUGCCGUACUAUCUUUGCGGUGGGCCGUUAAUUCCCGCAGGCGUUCUUUUGUGGGUCUGAUUUCUCGACCAUCUUAGGUUCUCAGCAUUGCUGAACGGGGCAUGUUGGCUUGCCUGAGUAGAAUAGCAGGCCACCAGGUUCGCUGGAAGGUAUCACGUGUAGUGAGUGGCUCAUCAGGAGUGUGUGACGGUAGGUGCAUCGUUCCACGGUUAUAGUAGACCUUCUGGCAUUGACGGAUCUCCUGGAGCCUGCUGUGAACGACUUUAUUUGGUACUUUCUCGGUUUGUCUGGUACUUUCUUUGGUACUUUCUCGGACUACACCACCCUGUACGCGAUCACGCGGGCUCUCCCUACUAGUUGUGCAACCGACGUCGCUGACUUCCACCUCGAGCUGUGAUACUUUCGGCGCCCCCCGACAACUCUUUACCGACCGGGGUCGCUACUUUCUCUCGCAGGUUGUCCAGGGUAUCUUGCACACUUGCGCUACGAAGCCCAAGUUUAGAACGGCGUAACACCCUCAGACCAACGGCCUCACAGAGCGGCUCAAUAGGACUAUCACAGAAAUGCUGGCUAUAUGCGUUUCUACCGACCACCGGGACUAGGGUGCCGCUCGGCCGUUCUUCACAUUCGCCUACAAUAAGUUCCGCCGUUAUUCUGCUGGUUUCUCCCCCUUUUUCUCUUGUAUAGUCGAGACCCUAUACUACCGUUUGACACGAUCCUCCCAGCCGUUCUCGAUACAACGUCAGAAUAUGCCCGAGAUGCCAUAUUUAGAGCUACCGAGACACGUGAGAUUGCACGCCUACGUCGGACCACUUCCCAAGAAAAGCAACGACGCAAAUAUGACGCUCGUCACCACGAUUCCCACUUUAACCCUGGUGACAUCGUGCUUCUUUGGAAACCAGCACGGUGAGUUAGAUAUUAUGAGAAGCUGAUUUCGCCCCACUCAGGCCCAUACCGUGCCUUGCGUCAAGUGACAGACGUGACCUACAAGUUACAACCUCUCGAUACCUCCACACCGCGAUCUUCCUCUGAUAUCGUUCACGUCGCUGGACUGAAACGAUAUCACUGAAACCUACCAAGCGCCGGGACAGCGUCUUCGCUGCCGUGGUACAUGCUGCGAGGCGCUGUAGUAGCGAACAAUGAUGAAUGACUGAUGAAGACGAGGAUCGCCGACAGUCGUGCGCACAGCCUCCAUCUUGUGUGCCUGUCUUCUGCCCGUUGUAUAUAUCUUGUAAAUAUAUUGCCAAGCAUCUUUUC